AUGUUUCUGAACCUGCCACUCGGCUUUAUACACAGCGCCUCUUCAUGUCGAUCUCUCCCCCUCUCCAAAAGCCAACGGGCGCAUCGGCCCAAGUCGAGUCAGCCGCAUGGGACACAGCAGAUGGUAGCGGCCGACGACCGAUGCCGCGAUGCCGCCUCAAGCCGCUCCAAGGACGGUGAGCACUUUGGAAUUGAACUGGCGUCGAGAUCUCUGCGUGAAUUAAAGGAAGGGAGAAGGGAGAAGGGAGAAGGCGUGUGA